GUUUGUGCAUGAGGAUGAAGAUGAUGUUGAUGUUUGGGAUCCUCCUGCAGGUUUCCCAUCCUUCCCUGGCUGGGAUAGUAGAGGUGCAUGAAGGGGCGGAGUCUGUCCAGCUGCCCUACCAGUACUUGGGCGAUAUACCUGAAGUCAACCCCACAGUUUUAUGGACUCGAAGUGAUCUCAACCCUAAAAUCAUCCACCGACAAAGAGAAGAAGGAGCUGAUCCUUCAGACCAAAACCAGCUUUACAGAAAACGGACCUCAAUGAAUCCUGACCUUCUAGAUACCGGAAACUUCAGCCUCACUCUGAGGAAACCUCACCUGUCUGAUAGUGGAAACUACACCUGCACCAUCUCUGAUGGAAGAGUAGAGCUAAAACUUACACAGGUUCAGCUGGAUGGUCAAAGGUCAGCAAAGGAAAUUAUUUGUUAACAUUUUUGGUAAAGAUAUAAAUUAAUUUUUAGAGCAUCACAGGGACACAGAGGACAAACCCAUUCCAGCCCACUCCCACUCAUGUUUAAGGGCCGUUUAGAAAAACCCACAAAGCUAACAGUGUCGAGUUUAGCGGAAGUUAGUUGAAGCCAAAAAUGCAAAAAUAAAGAGACAGAGAUUAUUUCUCUUAACUUAGAGAAAUACAACCAAAACCAGGAGAAACAUAUUGGAGGAGGGAAGAGGAUCCAGCAAAGAGGAAGUAGAGAUGAGGAGUAUAUAUGGGAGACAACAAUGAGAACAAAUGAAAACCAAGAGGAAAACUAGAGGAUUGGGGGCUGGAGAAAAACAGAAAACACCAAAGAGGAAUAGUAAAACUAAGAAGUAACUCAAAACAUGAUAUAAUUGUUAACAGUUAAAAACAGAAUAAAAAAUUCCCUGUAAAAAUUAUCUUGAAACAAGUAAAAGUUUCUUAAAUUAGGUGUAUUUACCCUGAAU